CUGCGGGGGCCCUCAAUCGUCAUUGCUGUCCACUCAGCGGCCAUGUGCAUGUGUCGCUCUCGCAGUUCCCUCCCCACCAUGACCGUACUGCGGGCCCCGACCCCAGUAUCCUCCACCAGCUCGGGACCCCGACGGGGCUCCGGUCCUGAGAUCUUCACGUUUGACCCUCUUCCAGAGCCGGCAGUGGCCCCUGCCGCGAGGACCAGCGCCUCCCGCGCGCACCGAAAGCGCAGCCGUAGGGUCCUCUACCCACGACUGGUCCGGCGCCAGCUGCCUGCCGAGGACCCGAACCCUGCCAAAAAGCUCCUCUUCCUCCUGCUCACCAUCGUCUUCUGCCAGAUCCUGAUGGCUGACGACAGUGUCCCAGCGCCCUUGGCGCGGGAGGACGCCCCCAGCGCUGCGUACCCCGCGCCUACCCCUGCGCCCCCAGCCCUCGAGCCACUUAAUCUGACCGCAGAGCCCUCGGACUACGCUCUGGACCUCAGCACUUUCCUCCAGCAACAGCCAGCCGCCUUCUAACCGUGACUCUCCACACUCCCCAGGAAGAAUCUGAAAAAGCAAAGAAACACCAGGUGUAUCUGGUGUGCGAGAGUAUCCCAAACUGGGACUCACAAGGCAACUCGCACUCCACACUGCAGGGGAGCCGUCACGGACACGCUGGGCAAGGCCGGGCGGGGAGGAAGGAGUGCGUUAAGUCUCAUUGCUCCUAAUUAAUAUUUAUAAGUAUUUAUGUUUGUCUCCUAGGUGCUAGGGGGAUAUAUUAAUAUUUAUUUAACUUAUACGAGGGUGCGAGACGUGCCCGUUGCUGCACAAGCAGGUCUCUAUGUUGAGCUUGGUGGGACUGACAUACAGCGCCCCGGCUGGGAGUCAAGGAUGGUAGUGGGUCGGCUGGGAGUCAAGGAUGGUAGUGGGUCGUAAAUUCAGGGGUAACAACCUCCGUCCUCCAGCAUCUUAACCCCCUGGGACCACCCUGUGAGGCUUCAGCAGGCCUCUGGUUAUAAGGUACUUGGCUUUCGGUCUCCUCGAAGUUGUCCCCAAAGGGUGGCUACGUGGUGAGGGGUCAGGGCUGUCAGGGGGCGGCUGUGGGGUCGCCCGUAUGUUCUGUGAACAUAAAUAAACUCUAUUUACUG